AUGUCAAGACAAAUCAGGAAUCCAGCCAUUCAGAGCGCUCUUCCCAAUGCACUCAAGAAUGUCUGUUUAUUCAUUCAUCUUCAUGUAUUAUUUUCUUGUCUAGGUAAUUUUUGUAGGUCUCCAAUAGCAGAGGCUGUCUUUGCUGAUCUUGUACAAAAAAGGGGCGUAUCUCACGAAUGGUUGAUAGACAGUGCGGGGAUAUCAGAUUGGCAUGCAGGAGAACGACAAGACAGUCGUGGAGCUUCAGUACUCAAACAUCACAAUAUCAAAACAGACCAUAUAGGAAGGAUUAUGAGAAAACAAGAUUUUCUGAAGUUUGAUUAUAUUUUUGGAAUGGACAAUGACAAUGUUUGGACCUUAGAUAGUAUGAAACCUAAAUCAUCAAAAGCGAAAAUAGAACUCUUGGGUUCUUAUGAUCCGGAUGGUGAUGACAUCAUUGAAGAUUGUUAUUAUGGCGAUGUAUCAACUUUUGAAUCAGUCUACCAGAAAUGUAGGAGAUCAUGCGAAGCAUUUCUCAAUGGUAUUUACAAAUCAUAGCAGUGGUUUUUUAUUGCAAUUCUUGCCAAUCAGGUUUAGAAAUUACUACAGAUUGAGACAACUAUACCAUGUGACCCUGAAAUCAACAAAUUGUCUAUUACAAACUAUACAAUUGAAUUGACAAUGACCAUUGGUGUACAUUUGUAUAAUUUCAUACUAUUGUAAGCUAUUAUUUUUAACACAAGGCAUCAUGGACAGUUGUUGAAUUUACUUUGUUAGGUUUCAAAAAAAAUGCAUUGUUUCUGGUUCUGAGAUGUUCAGUGGAAUCAAGGCAUACGGUAUAUACAAG